UGAGUGAGAAAAUUGAAUCACUGACGUUUGCAAGUCCCUCCCCGGCCAGCAGCGGGUCAUUUCUCUCUCUCUUUCUUCACCUCAGUUUGUGAUCAUUUUUUUCUUGAUUUUUUAUUCACAAAGUGUAAAUUUGUGUUUAAAAUUGACAGUUAAUUACACAAAAUGUGCUAAAAACGUACAGUGAGGUGAUAUAAUUUGAAAUGGGGUCGACUAAAAAGCUACAAGUCGACGGGGGCGAAGGGGACGACGUCGAAAUUCUGGAUAUGGACGAACUCAUGGAUUUUUCCCAUCCUCCGAAUAAGUUUACAACUUAUGCGGCAGAAAUUAAGUAUUGGAAGCAAAAGGCUCAUGGGUUAAGGAAAUGUUGUGAGAGGUUAAUGAGACGUGGUGGUAGUGGCAGUACACAAAUUACCGAGGAUGUUGCACCCCCCAACAAUGAGUCAAUGGUUACCCAGUUGGUCACCUAUGAAGAGGUUGAAAAAGAAGCGGUCAUCACAAAUGGGCAUGUCGAUCAAGCAGGCGAUAACGACGAUGAUGCCGGAAGUGUCGAUUUAUUCGGGAGUAGUGACGUUGAAGGGGAUUUGAAUACUGUCGACCCAAUUCCUGAAAUUAAUGGUGUCGUUCCUCUUCAAAAUGGCGAAGGUUCCAGUCCUCCUAGUCCAACUAUGACGAUUCGUGCGCCUAUACGGAGCAAACGCCAGAGAAGAGGAUCCAACAUAUCUUCCACAAUUACGGAAGACCGCAAUGACAGUCAUACUCCGACGGGCCCAGCCAUUGGAAUUGACGACAUUCUUCACUUUCAAAGUGACGACGAAGAAGAACAGUGUAUCCCUCCCAGUCCAGCUAUGACAGUUUUUGCCCCUCGUAAAAGUCGCAAAAAUAGGUCCAAUAGUUCCUCAACUGAAGAGCCAAAUAAUGAUAUACAAGAAGAUGUGGAGCCGUCUGAGGCAGUCGACUCAGUUCUUGAUAUUAAUGAUGAUGUUGUUCCCCUCCCAACUGAAGAAGAACCAGAGUCAACAAAUUCUCUUAGUCCAGCUAUGACCGUCUUUGCCCCUCGAAAAAAAUCGUCCAAGCAUUCUUCAGAAGAUUCGGAUGUCACCCAAGAAGAACCGCUUGGUGACGACGUGAAACUGACAAAAGCCCCUGGACUUAAAAAUCGCAAAAAAGUGGAUACGAAUUCUUCUUCAACCGAGGAUCCAGAAGCACCUGCGAAAUCCAACCCAGUCAAGUUGCUCGUGGACAAACAGAAACCUUCAACUUCCAAACGGGUGGUUGCUGAAAUGGCACGCCAAAAAAGGCGACUUGAUAUGAAAAACAGGUCGUCUGGUUCAGCGAAAGGAGGACUUGGCAAGGAUGAGGCUUCUGCGAGACAGGGCGUACUAGACACUUCUUCUGAUGAAUCUGAUCACGAGAAAGCCAAACCUAAGCGACACAAGCGGAAGUCAUUAAAGAGAGGGGAGAAUGAUGAUGAAGUGUUCAAGUCGCGAGGACCCAUCACUGACGAAUAUAAGAAAAACGAUUCAAAGCUGUCCAAGAAAGCAGUUGUGAAAAUUGUCAGGUUGGCUGACGAAAUUCAAAAGGAACUCGAAGACAGAGGCUACAUUGUCACUGGGAAGGAUCACCAACUGAGCGACGACGACGGCGAUGAUGAAGAUUCUGAUUCUAGCCUAAAGAAAUUGGAUCGUGCUAUAACACAAAUGGCGAGACAGAAUGCUAUUAUUUCCAAGAAGCGAAGAGAGAAAGUCCAGAAAACCAAAGCAGCUUCGAAAAAGGACGAAAAAACUGUUAAGAAGAAGACGGUUAAAUUAGCAAGUGAAGCUGAGGAGAAAGAAGGGUUACUAGUUGGUAGUGGUAGCGAGUCUGACCGACCUGCAAUUAAGCUUAAAAACAUGAGAGACAUUGUUGACCAUGACGAAUUAGAAGAGAUGGACGAUUUGCCCGACUUGGAUGAUGAUGAAAAAUCAAAGAAAAAGAAAGUGAGUGGCGAGACGGAGAAGUCUAAAUUGGGAAAGGGUUCCAAGACAGUUACACCUCAAAUUACUAUCGACAGCUCCAGUGAUGAAGAGUCUGGAGCGAAAAAGAAUGUCCUCGCUAACAGCGACAGUGACAAGGAGGAUAGCGAUUCCAAAACUCCAAGCAGUAAGAAGAAGCGAAAGCAAAGCUCUGGUGAUUCUAGUGAUAGCGAAGUCAUUGUAAAGCGGACAACUCGCUCAAAGCGAGUCAAGCUGGAGAGUGACGACGAUUCUUCUAAUGAAGAGAAGAAGAAAAAAUCAGGGUCUGAUGAUGACGUCAGUAUCAGCAUCAAAAGUGACAGCGACAAUUCCGUGUUUAGCGAUGAUUCGGACUUUAAGGAUUCCAAAAAGAAAAGAAAGAAGCCUAAGGGUCGACACAGCUCAUCAGACGACGACGAUGACGAUGAUGAAGAUAGAAAGAAAACAAAGAAGAAGAAGCGUCGUAGGAUAAAAGAGGAAGACUCUGAUGGUUCACCUAUCAAUUCUGACGAUAGUGAUGUUCAGGUCAUUCCUUCUUCACAGAAACGAAAAAAGAUUAAAAAGAUCAUGGACGACUCUAAAUUGAAAAAAUCUACCCGAGAGGCUGAAAAGGAAGAAGAGGAACGAAAACGGCGAGUGGCAGAGAAACAGAAAUUGUUUAACGGAAUCUUUGAAAAUGCUCCCGUUCAAGAUGGCAAAGUGACCAAAUUAGUCUUGGACGUUGACCCGAUCACCAAGAAACCUAUUAUCGAAGUGGACGAGUCAAUCGUCAAGAAGCUGAAGCCCCAUCAAGUGCAGGGGAUCAAAUUCAUGUAUACGACCUGCUUCGAAAGCAUCGAGCAGAUGAGCAGAAACAAAGGGGGAGGUUGCAUUCUAGCUCAUUGUAUGGGUCUGGGAAAGACAUUGCAGACGGUCGCGUUUACCCACACAAUGUUGGACCACAGGAAACUGACAAAUGCUAAAUGUGUCUUGAUCGUUUGUCCCCUCAACACAGUAGGCAACUGGUAUAAAGAGUAUCAAACCUGGCUCGAAGAAAUCGAGACAGAAAGAAGACCAAGGCUCCACGCUCUCUGGGAAGGGAAGACAAUUAGUCAACGCACCAGUGCUCUGCAGACUUGGAAACGUCGCGGGGGCGUAGGAAUUAUGCACUACGACUUUUUCCGACUCUUGGUAAAUAAUGCAACGGGUACUGCCAAGACCAAGACUAAGACCAGCUCCUCUAACAAAACCAUCAUCCGUGAAACACUGCUCGAUCCCGGACCAGAUAUCGUAGUUUGUGACGAGGGUCACUUGCUCAAGAAUCACAAGUCCAAGUUGUCCGAAGCUCUCUCCAAAAUUCAAACGAUUCGACGUAUCGUUUUAACUGGAACUCCACUUCAAAACAAUCUUGUCGAGUAUCACACCAUGGUGAACUUUGUAAAACCGAAUCUCUUGGGAUCUCUAAAAGAAUUUCAAAAUCGUUUCGUUAACCCUAUCAAAAAUGGACAGUGUAAAGAUUCCAGCGAAUAUGACGUCAAAAUUAUGAAGCGACGGGCACACGUACUUCACAGCAAACUUGACGGAUGCGUACAGCGUCUCGACUACUCCGUACUGACCCCAUACCUGCCCACCAAGCAUGAAUAUUGCAUUAUUAUCAAGUUAUCUGAUAAACAGAAGGACUUGUAUCGCGACUACUUGGCCAAAAAUGUUUCCGAAGACUUGGUCGAGCGAAGCAGAAAGAUUCUACUACACUACUCUGUGCUCGUCAAAAUAUUGGCUCAUCCAAUUGUGCUCACAUUCAUGAAAGAAAAGGAAAGCGAUGAAUUAACCGAUGAAGACGAAGGAUCAAUAAAAGAUUUCAUUUGCGACGAUACAAGUGAAGACGAUGUAACUCCAAACGCCGAAUCGGGAUCUGACGUUGAGUGGUUGGAUGGAGAAAAGAAAAAGCGUCAAAUUAGGACUCGAAGUCGCAAAGACGAAAUUCCUGCCGAGUCAGAAGAGGAAGCAAAAACUAGCUUAGGUAAUGCCUGGUGGUGCUCUCACUUUGCAAAGAAGGAAGACAUGUAUGACACAAAUUUGAGUGGGAAAUUGGUCGUCCUUCAAGAGAUUUUGAAGACCUGUGAAGCUAUUGGAGAUCGAGUCCUCAUUUUCAGUCAGUAUCUUACCACUCUGAACAUUAUUGAAGAAUUUUUGGCAGAAUGGGACAAGGAUGCGGUUAAAGCCUUAGCCGCAAAGGGUGCUGCCCCUGUAACAUUUCCACCAACUGUGGCAUCAUCUGAAGGAAGGUGGAGACAAAAUAUUGAAUAUUUCCGUAUCGACGGGCAGACUAAGACGGAUGAUCGGCAAAAGCAUUGCGACACUUUUAAUAAGAAGUCUGCCUCAAAAGCCAAACUUUUCCUUAUUUCAACUAAAGCUGGAGGUUUGGGAAUCAACCUCUUUGGUGCAAAUCGUGUCGUCAUUUUUGACGCGUCAUGGAAUCCUUCGAACGAUAUGCAAAGCAUCUUUCGAGUCUACCGAUUCGGGCAACAGAAACCUUGCUACAUUUACCGGUUCGUAGCUCAAGCUACCAUGGAAGAAAAAAUUUACAAUCGGCAAGUUGUAAAGUUGGCCCUGUCAUCCCGCGUUGUGGAUGAGCACCAAGUCGAACGGCACUUUAAAUUUGACGACAUAAAUGAAAUGUAUAAAUACAAUCCAGACGAGAAGACUGACCGACCAACGCCACCAGUACCUAAGGAUCGCCUCCUAGCUGACCUCCUUAUUUCACACAAGAACUGGAUCGACACGUACUUUGAACACGACUCCCUCCUCGUUAAUAAGGAAGAUGAAACGCUGACAGAGGAAGAGAGACAACAGGCUUGGGAGGAGUACCGACACGAGAAUGAACAUCGUCCCCCUCCAAUUCCAAAUAUGGGUCAAAAUGAUGCUCUCACGUUCCACAAGGUGAAGCUGAAACUACACGAACGCUUCCCCGAUGCCACCGAUGAUCAAGUUGUUGCAAGUGCGGUGAUUGUUGUGACAAAGAUACAAGAAUUGCGAGGACUCCUUCAACGAUUGAAUUAUGAAGGACCCACCAUGCUUGAAGGACCCAGAAGACAUUUGGACGAAAAGAUUAAAAAACUUCAAGCCUGGAUUUCACAAGCCAUGGGUGGAAUCCCACUCGAUAACAGUACCAACGGGAAUGGCCCAGGAAUUGGUGUUGUCGGAGUGUUAAACCCAAUAAACUUUAACAACAAUCAACAAACAUAUCCGAGCAUUAUUCGUCAAAACAGGAAUCAGAUGAUGGCAAAUCAUAAUCCUGCUCAAGUCGCAGAGAUCCAGCGUCAAAUGAUGGCAAACAUGCAGCACGUCGUUCAGCAUCCAGGAACUAUCCGCAGACCUCCAGUUCCUUCCCUAAGUCAACGAAUGUUUCCGCAAAGAAAUAUGCCUCAGACUCUACCGAACCCAAAUUAUUUCCUAAAUAAUGCCAGAAUACAACGUGCCCCACCCGGUUUGAUGAACCUAACUGAAGGAACAGCGGAGGAUCCCCUUACUCUCGACGAAUAAUAGAUUAAAUAUUCAUCAUUAGAUGUACCUCCUCCUUUUCUACAAACGCAAAUGUAAAUACCAUACAUACGUUCGGAAAACUAAGAAAAAUUAUUUAAUUGCACGAUGGUUAAAAGGAAUGGUUAUAAGCGAGCAAAACUUAUUUAAGAAUAUUUUUUGUAUUAGUAUUCAAUUUGCCUGUUUCUAGUUUAUCAUUAUUUAUUUGUAUGCACACUUGUUUCUCAGCAGAAGUUCCAGGAUUUAAGUUUUGUAGUAGUUCAUUCUCUCUGUAGUUAUUAAAAACAAAUAGGUAUCUUUAACAAAAAUGAAUUUCCAGCUUCAAUAGCAAAACCAUUGACCCUCCUGAUUGUAGCAGUCAAUGUAAUUCACGGUGGUAUUAUUUAAUAAAUUUUUCAUCACUAUUUGUAUGAUAUUUGAAAUGUGCUUCGGAAGAAAAGAUAAAAAAGUAAAAUGUUAUUGACCUGUUAAAAAUCUUACAAUAUGGUAACUUAAUAAAUUAUAAAUAAUAAGCAUGCAAUCAAUUGUGUGCACCGGGUCAGUCUA